CCUCCCCCGCGCCUAUAUAAGAUGACCGAGGCUCUCCCGCACCUCACCGGCCUCUCCCCGCUCCUCCUCCCCCACCGGAGUGCCUCUCCUUUGCCGUUUCCUCGUCGUUCGUCCACAGUGGUCAUCGGUCUCAGCUUGAGUACGGCCACCACAGGCCUCCCCUCGCCUCUCAUCUACGUCCACCGCACUUCCCACACUCCCACGAGUCGCCCCGACCCCUUGACCCCUCGCCAGAGUGCCCACAUCGCUGGAGACGUCACCACCACCACCACCGCCUUUGUCCUCCUUCUGGCGCCGCCCCUCCCCACCUCCCUACUCCUCCCCGGCAACGGCCGACCCUCUGAAUUGGUGCGGCAGGCCACCCUGCAUCUGUCGAUGCCCCGAGCAUCGCCGAAGACGGCCCCUAGCGCCAGAAGCCACCGACGGAGCCCGCCUCUGCCUCCUCCCAUUGCCGCCUCCCCUCCCCGCUGGCAGCUCUGCCCGGGAACGGGUGCGGCUCGGCCGACCGCACCCGCCGGGGGUCGCCGCUCGGCCAGGGACGGCCUGAGCUGGCCGGGCCCUGGCGCCCUUCUCCCCUGCCUCCGCUUAUUCCACAAGGGAAUAGAGGCACGAGGAAGAAGACGCCCGAGCGCCAGCCUGGCCCCUGCUAGUGGGUCCCUCCUCCCCAGCCGACCCCACCCAAGCGUAUUCCUGACGAAGGCGCUUUCUGUCUUUCCCACUAGGGCCCUGUUUGCUGAAAAGUAUUCACGGAUAGGUCCCUGAGCUUCAACUCUUCACAACUUUUCAACCGUAACUCCGAUCGAGGUGAAACCAACGCUCACGUCUUCGUCUCGUCGAGCUCUUUCUGUUGGUUCCAUUUUCACUAGGUGGUCCCAUAGUGAAAAUGACCAUUUUUUUCAUUAUCUCUAAUCAGCCCCCUCAGAGAGAGAACCGUCCGGCGUUUCGUUUCCGCGGCUUCACCGCACUUCUUCCCAGAGUCUCCGUCACCCCAUGCAAUCCAUAAUACCCACUUGCAUGAGAGUCAUUCAGUAGCCAUGGUUUUCAACUUGAAUAUGUAAUAAACCUUUGCUGGUUUUGCUACUGUUGUCGUGAUUCCGAUGAUGCUUAGAGUUUCAUGUUCACUCUCGUGUUAUGUUGUCUUGCACUUUGUUAUCAUGCUAGUAUUCCUUUCAUAUGUUUGUGCUUGCUAGUA